AGCACUGCCGCCUGCUGCUGUGCCGGAGUGGAUAAGCAGUCCAGUCGCCGGAAAGGUGGUGUUUUUUCCGUAGGGUCUACCGUACCUAAACCGGCACCGAGUUCCUUCCUUCGGGGUUUCUCUUUUCACGAAAAAAUGGAAACUUUGGGCUUUGUGGUUUAUUAAUACUGAAGGGGCGCCAGAGGCUGUCAGUGGCCUUUUCCAGGAGACCGCUGGGGAAUAAAGAGUGACCGACCAUGCAUGCUGGCGGCGAGCAGGUCUCAGAGGUGAUGAGCAGGACACCUGAGGAUGACAUGGCAGAGGGGGACCUGGGGGACGGGUUGGGCAGGAAGCCGGGGGGCCUGUACGAGAGGAGGCGGCGGACACGCAGCGGAGGGGCCCGGGGGGAGGCCCCGGAGAGGCUGCCCUCACCAGGGCUGCUGAAGAGGGCCAGUGACAAUGGCAGCGUGGCCUUCUCCUGGACGUCUUGCAGUGCCCUGUACACAGUGUUCCGGCAGGAGCUAGAGGCGGAGAGACCACGCGCCUCCUGGAGAUUGAGCAGCGCAGAAUCCCUCAGUGAUCUUUCCAAUGAAGAACUAAGGCAGAGAGUUCAGGAGGUCACAGAGGAGGUGGAGCUCCUGCGCUGUGAACUGGAGGCUACACAGCGCCACCUGGAGGGCAAGCAUGAAGCACUGAAGAUCCUGCAGAGUCGAGCAGUGUUUGACAAAGCAACCUCUCACACCAAAACUCUCCUGCAGAAGAGUGAGGAGAGGAACAAGGCCCUAGAAAAGGAGGUGAACGCUUUACAGUGGGAAAUCACCUUCAACCAGGUGCAGUUCAAGAACUUUGAGCAGUCCUGGAAGGAGAAAUAUGACAGAGUGUGCAGCGAAAACAAAGCCCUUAGCAACACGGUCAGCGACAGAGCGAGAGAAAUGCAGGAGCUGAGAUCAGAAAACUCCUCCCUCAGUCAGCAGUGCCUAGAGCUCUUAGCCAUGUUGAGUGUUCCGGAGCAGAAGGCCUUUCAGGGGUCCCUGCCCCCUCGCAACAACCUGGGGAGAGAUGGGACAGCCCUGGAGCUGGCAGUGCUGGGGGCGUGCCACUGCAGUGCCAGCGUGAGAGACACGUGCCCCUGUCCUUGUGCCAGGACUGCAGCUGCCAGCCGAAAACAGGUCCUGCAGCUCAAACAGGAGCUGGAGGUACAGAGGAGGAGGAAGGAGGAGGCCUAUGUGAUGGCCGACGCGUUCCGGAUCGCCUUCGAGCAGCAGCUGAAGAGGAAGAGCGAGCACGUCCUGCGUCUGGCCGAAACGGAGGGGUACCUCCGCAAGGACACGCCCCAGGCUCGCAAGGAGGAAGCAGCGGUGAAGGGGGGCUCGGGCAGCAUGGCUCAGAGGCUGAGGGGCAUGCUGCAGAACACCGGGGUCAAGAUUUCAGACGACCCGGCUGAGACGCUGCACAACCUGGUUGACCUGCUGAAUGACAAGGAGGAGGCCCUGGCCCACCAGAGGAAGGUGAGCUACAUGCUGGCCCGCAACGCGGAGGAGCUGGAGCGGCGUCUGCUGCAGGUCAAAGGACAGGACUGCGCUACACGCGGCCAGGAGACCAGGCAAGAGGGGCAGGGCGGUGGCGGCUCGCGCACCCCGCCCUCCAAAACCCCAGACGCCCAGGGGGACCCUGGAGAGGACACGGGCGCCCACGCGCAAUGCCUAGAAACAGGGGAGCCGCCCGUGGAGUGCGCGGCCACCGCCACUGCGUGCGGAGGAGAAAGCUGAGGGUGAUGGCGGGUUCGAGGACCUCCUCCUGACAACUCAGGGACAAUGGUGGAGCAGUGGAGGAGAAGGAGAAACAGAAGUGCGAGCCAGGUUGAAGGGCUGCUAUUUAUACCUCUGUGUGCUCAGGAACACAUUCUACCCCUUCCUACAGAGUGACAGCUGUGAGCGCACCACAGAACCCGCUGUGCUGCCUCUUACCUUGCAACAGAUGUCAGCUGUGGGAGGUGUCUCUGGAGGAUCGCAGAGAGCUACCCAGCUCUGCCCCCACGCCGCCUGGUACAUCACAUGACAGCUAUACACACCCC